AUGGUGGACAAUAUCGAAGGAGCUCUCAAAAACGAAUGGAACACUAAAGAUCUAAAGAUCCUAACCUCUCAAAUCAAGGACAACGAAUCACUCAUUAGGCUCAAGCGCAGGUGGUUGAUGGAUUUGCCCUUGUCUGUAAAGGAACACAAGAAAAUGGAGGAGAUGCUCCCUCCCAACGAUAAGGUACUGCCGGAAUCGUUCAUUAGGGAAGAUGACGUAAGCUAUGAGGACAUCAGAACUGCGAUCGAGAUGGGAUUUGGAGCUCAUAGCUGUGGGAAGGAAAGGCAGUGUACCCAAGAGGAUGUGCAAGUAUUUAAUCCACGCGAAUGUCUUCAAAAAAUUUGCUCCCUGCUUGAUGAUAUGUCUAAUAAAGGCUUAUGCUCUCUAAUUGAGGUACUCACCGGGGGAAUGAUCAAUUAUGAGAAAACAAAUUUGAGCAUGAAGAGGACAAUAAAAGAGUUGCUUCCAAAGGUCACUGCCAACAGAAACAAUAUUUCCGAAACAAAACUGAAGCAAAUUUCUCAACUUUUGCAAGACUCAAAAAAUUUCAAGGGGGGUCAGUUGGUGUGCUUGACCGCAUCUGAAGCCUAUCAUGCUGCUGCAAUUGAUGUCCUUGAAAGGCUCACUGACUUCCCCAUGAGAUCUUUACUUGCCAUGCGUAGGAAGCUGAAUGGUGACAAGAGUUACGUUCCCUCUCUCCACCCCCCGAGAUCUGGACAGACUCAUGAGCAGUUAUGCAGCACACUGAAGAACAAAUGCAAGAAGUUUCUAUCAGUCCUUCGUGAUGUGGAUGAGCCUGCAGAAGAAUUGGCCGGGGCACUGGGAGUUGCAGGUUUGACGCUAAAGCUAAUUAAGAACUGCCCAGCUGUGCGGGACUUCUGGAAAUUAUCACCAGAAAUUGAGGCGUUGCAAAAUGAAAUAGUGAAAGCUAUUCAUCUGAUAAAUCUGCCCAAGAGAGUGAGCUUGAUAGAGCUGAAGAAGGUGCAGGUUUUGUUAGACCCUAAUUUAGAGUUGUCUGACAAAAGUCUGCGUAAUGCUGUACGGGGUCUCUUGACCGAGUACCUAUUUGAGUGCAGUGACAUGGACAGCGUCCCUGAUUCUUUAGUAGAAACAGUUAACUUUAUUAAUACAAGAUCGCAAUUUCCAUCCCUCAAGAAACGACGGUCGUCCAAGAGCCUUACGUCCCCUCAAGAAUUUAUGGGGGAUGUAAUACAGAAAGAAGUGGAACACGUACUAACAGUGAGUGCUCUAGCAAAAGAAGUGGUGUUGAAUAUUAUUCCAGAACACGAAUUUGAUGAAGAUUUUGCUCGUGCGUACUUGGAAGAUUUUGCAGGAAACAAUUUUCUAUGUAUUUCUGAUGACGAGCAAGUUCGGGUUAUUCCUGGGCAUUACGAACUUCAUUCUAGCGACUCGUAUGAUGGCAAGUCUGAAAGUAUUGCUGAGACGAUGCUGGUAAAGAGUGGUUCGCCUUCACCAACAAGUAAAAGGGAUGAUGACUGGUCUCCCUUUUGUUCUCCAGACCAGGGGUUAGCUAUGUCCCUGGAGUCCAUGCAUAUUCCCAAAAUAGAUAGGGAUGAAACAGAUGGUUCUGAUUGUUUACUGUUCCGUAAGGAGUCAAAAGUAAUGGACUCCAGCCACAAUGGUGUUAAAAUUGAAGGGGAUACGAGCAGUUAUUCUACCAACCCGAAUUGUGUAUCUUCGGAAUUCCUGUUGGAGACGGACAUUGUCAGCCAGCACAGCAGGUCCUGUAAUAAGUACCUUCAGGUCCAGGAAGCUUGUGAUGCCUCGAGUAUGGUGGCCUAUCGUUUUGUGGGUCGCUUGCUGGACAAGCUUGCAAAUAUUGAACGCUUAGAAUUAUACGAAGGUGAUAGGUUGUAUCUAGGAGGUGAUUCUUCAGGCGUUGAUGAUUCUGAAGGUAAUGUGAUAUUAUAUCCUUUUAGGUUCAUGUGA